GCUGCUAAAGUAGUUACCCCCUCCAGACUAUCAGUUUAUAAAGUCUGGUUGGUAAAAUUAAUUCAGUAAAAAAAAAAAUCAGCAGUCACCCGACAGAAAUAUGGCGCCGCCUGCUUCGUCUCGGACUCUGCGCAAGGACGAUGCCAGCUACAUGUUACAUUUUCGGAUGAUAAACGAGCAACAAGUGGAGGAUAUCUGCAUUGACUUCUUCUACAAACCGCACACCAUCACACUGCUCACCUGCACUGUGCUCAGCUUGAUGUACUUUGCCUUUACCAGGGAUGAUGCACAUUUAGACAGCAACCUCAGAGUGGGUUUGUUGGUGGUUGUCUCCUUUUUCUUGGUCAUCAGUGUCCUUGCCUUCCCCAAUGGACCGUUUACAAGGCCACAUCCUGCAAUAUGGAGGAUGGUGUUUGGUCUCAGUGUUCUCUACUUCCUGUUUCUUGUGUUCCUCAUCUUCCUCAACUGGACCCAGGUGAAGACACUCAUGUACUGGCUGGAUCCAAAUCUGCGUUAUGCCACGCGUGAGGCUGAUGUCAUGGAAUAUGCUGUGAACUGUACGGUGAUCACAUGGGAGCGCGUCCUGAGCCACUUCGACAUUUUUGCUUUUGGCCACUUUGCUGGCUGGGGUAUGAAGGCCCUGCUCAUCCGCAGCUACGGCCUCUGCUGGACCAUCAGCAUCACCUGGGAACUCACUGAGCUGUUCUUCAUGCACCUUCUGCCGAACUUUGCCGAGUGCUGGUGGGACCAAGUGAUACUGGACAUCCUGCUGUGUAACGGAGGAGGCAUCUGGCUGGGGAUGACCGUCUGCCGCUUUCUGGAGAUGAGGACCUAUCACUGGGCCAGCAUCAAGGACAUCCACACCACCACGGGGAAGAUAAAACGGGCUGUGCUCCAGUUCACCCCAGCCAGCUGGACCUACGUGCGCUGGUUUGACCCAAAGUCCUCCUUCCAGAGACUCGCGGGGAUCUACCUCUUCAUGAUCCUGUGGCAGCUGACAGAGCUGAACACAUUCUUCCUUAAGCACAUCUUCGUCUUCCAGGCCUCUCACCCUCUCAGCUGGUGUCGAAUCCUCCUCAUCGGAGUCAUCACCGCUCCCACCGUACGACAAUAUUAUGCCUAUCUGACUGACACUCGGUGCAAACGAGUGGGCACACAGUGUUGGGUCUUUGGAGCCAUAGCUUUCCUGGAGGCUCUUGUUUGUAUCAAGUUUGGCCAAGACCUGUUUUCCAAGACACAAAUCCGCUAUGUGCUCCUGUGGCUGCUGUGUCUGGCAGUCAUCACACUUCUCUGUUUGUACUGGAUGGUGUGCUAUGAGCAGAAGAAAAUAAAGGGUGUCAGUGUGCAAAAUGAAGACUGGGAUGAAAGCAGUGUCUCUGAGUCAUAUGGCUUCAGCCCAGAUGGCGUCACAGCUGAGAGGAACUCCUCAAGUCACUUGCAGCCCACCAAGCGAAGGAAAGGCACAGGUAGGAACCGCUUUGUGAAUGGCCACGGAGGGAAGCGGCAGUGAAUGUCAAAGGAGAGACUGCACAUUCCCACCACACACAUCCAGUCACUGGAAGAGGGAACAGGUGAUGGAUGGAUGUUGAGGAGCGCUGCAACCAGGAGCAGUGCACUUACAUUCACUGGAUAGAGGUGGAUAACCAAACACAAGGUGAAAAGAGGAGUGUUGACUGGAUUUUGAGAGUGAUUUUGAGAGCCUGUUUGCAGCAGUGGAAUGGAACACAAUCUUUCAUAGUUAUCAGUGGACCAGGUGUUCAAGGAUGCCGGGUCACACAGUGCAGUGCACAUCCAGCAUUUUCUGCCCAGCAGCACUGAAUGUCGAUGUUUGGAUGUUUUGUCGCACUGUGGGACACAAAAUCAUGUUGAUUCAAAAGUGGGCCAGCUUUAUCAGCCCGGUCCACUUGACCACUCUCAACACUCAGCUUAUUACAGACACAUGGACUCUUUUGCACUAUUCUGGACUGGUGUGUAUUUCCUGAUUACCACAUGCUGCAAAAUUUUAAUAGCUUUACUAAAAAAAACAUACACUUAAUAAAUUAAUGGAUGUAUCAUUUUAUAUAUUAUCGAAAGGCCUGAUGAUUGGUUGAUAACUUUGACGGCUUGAGAUAUUCAGGUUUAGAUUCUAAUUACUACUAAAAGUUAUUAGCCUCUGCACUUAUUUUUAGGAUGUGGCCAAGCAUUGAUGUUUGUUUUUGUUCAGACAAACAAAAAAAAAAGAUUGUCCAUUUCCAUUGAAAGGAUCAACAAGCUGUUUCUGUACCAACUAAUGCCUUUAUAUAAUGUUUAUCUUUUUUUUUUUUUUUUUUUUUUAUCUAAAUCUGUAUAAUUAAGUGAAGAUCCACUAUAUGUAUGUCUUUGAGUGAAUGUGUGAGGGUGUUCAGAAAGAUAAUACUGUGACGUUCAGCACUAUAGCACUGUGGUGACAUUCAAACUGCUGAGGAUAAUCAAUACUACAAGGUGAAGAAAUGCAUUUAAAUAGCACUUCACUGGAUUUUUUUUUAAGUGAUUUAAUUUCAUGUUUGUAGAACAGUGAAUUCUGUGCCUGUUCACAGCAAGCCAUUUCUGUAUUUCUAUUAUACUUUCUAUGUGAUGUAUGUAGGUGUGACGUUCAGUGUUUGUUUCACGUUAUCCUUUUCAUUAAACUGAUUAUUUGGCUUAAAACCUGUUCCAGCACUGUUCUGCACCAAUCAUGUCCACUUUUUAAACAUCUGAAAUACUUCCAAGUGUCAAAACAAAACAAAUUAUAGCUCAAAGUGUUAAAUCUGUUAUGUCUAAUCUCUAAUAUUAUACCUAGAGUUGGGUUUUGUAUGUGUGGGUUUUGUUGUUUUGUACACAUAAUAAAUGACCUUGUUUUCAGUGACUGUCAUUUUA